UUAUAGUAUUAUUAGAUUUCAUCAUUGUGGAUUGGAAAUAUGUUUGAUGAACUCUUCAUUUUUUUCCAUGUACUCCGAAAUAUCAAGCUUGGUGGCAAAUAACAAUGACACCAGUGAAUUAUUAUAUUUCAUCAUUUCAACAAGUGUUGGAAUAAUAACGACGAUACUGAAAAAAUGCUGGAUAGUUUUUGAUUCCAAGAUUUGUUAACCAAGAUCUAAUUAGGUUUCACUCAGAAAUUUUUGAAAAAGCCUAUUGCAGUCUCACUGAAAAACUGUUUAUUUUUUGGUUUCUUGGGAUAUCAUAGGCUGAGAUUGAGCACAUGCCUGAUAUAAGCAAGAAACUUAGGUUUUAUGUUAGAUGGUUCCAACAAGUAAGUGGAAUCUGUGUCUAAAAGAAAGAAAAUCUGCACAGAAAGAUGCAGUGCACAUCAAUGAGUUAUCUUCUGCAAUGGGUAAUUACAUCACAAAACCUUUGAGGUUGUAGAAGAAAAAAACUAACCUAAGAGACUAUAGACUAAACAUACUAAAAUACAUAAUUUGAUGCUAUGGCCGAAUAUUGAAGAGACAAUCCCGCAGCGUAGCGCGGGUAAUUAUCUAGUUGUUAUAAAGUAUCUUUUAUUUAAUCAAUAGAGUGAUACUGUUAUGAUUGUGGUGGAGAACCCUCGGCCAAGGAUAUUCGUAGCUGGAUAAAUUUGACUUCUACUUUGACUCUGACUGAAUUUAUAAAAGUUCAUCUCUCUUCUUUCAGACAAGGUCGUAACCAGUGGACAAAGAGCUGAUUCAGACAAGGUAGUAUGGCUGAUGCAGUUGUGUCGUUUGGAGUUGAGAAGCUAUGGGAACUUCUGAGUCGAGAGUCUGAGAGAUUGACAGGAAUAGACGAGCAAGUUGCUGGACUAAAGCGUCAGCUUGGAAGGUUACAGUCCUUGUUGAAAGAUGCACAUGCCAAAAAACACCAGAGUGAAAUGGUGAAAAACUUCUUGGAAAAUGUCAAGGACAUCGUCUAUGACGCUGAGGAUGUAAUCGAAUCCUUUCUUCUCAAAGAGUUUGGAGGAAAAGAGAAAGGAGGGAUCAAGAAGCGUGUCAAAAGACUUGCUUGCUUCUUACUGGAUCGUCGCAAAUUUGCUUUAGAUAUCGAAUGCACAACUAAGAGGAUCUCCGAGGAGAUUGAGGGGAUGCAGAGUUUUGGAUUACAACAGAUUAUCGAUGGUGGACCUUCACUGCCACUGCAAGACAGAGAGAGGGAGCAAAGGGAGAUCAGACAAACGUUUUCUAACAGUUGUGAAAGCAAUCUUGUGGGGGUUGAGCAGAGUGUUGAAGAGUUGGUUUCCCAUUUGGUGGGUAAUAAUAGCGUUCAAGUGGUUUCUGUAUCAGGAAUGGGUGGUAUUGGUAAAACGACCCUCGCUAGACAAGUCUUUCAUCACGACAUUGUCAGACGUCAUUUUGAUGGGUUCGCAUGGGUUUGUGUUUCGCAACAGUUUACUCGGAAAUAUGUUUGGCAGAGGAUCUUGCAAGAUCUUAGACCACAUGAUGAAGAUAUAAUAAAGAUGGACGAACAUACACUACAGAGUGAAGUCUUUGAACUCUUGCAAACCGGUAGAUAUUUGGUUGUUUUAGAUGAUGUAUGGAAAGAAGAGGACUGGGACCGAAUUAAACCAGUUUUUCCAAGGAAAAGAGGUUGGAGGAUGCUACUUACUUCUCGAGAUGAGGGAGUUGGGUUACAUGCAGAUCCAACAAGUCUUGCCUCUAGACCAAGAAUCCUUACUCCAGAAGAAAGUUGGAAGCGAUGUGAGAGGAUAGUAUUCCCUUGGAGAGACCAAAACGGAUCAAGGGUUGAUGCAGAAAUGGAAGCUAUGGGGAAGGAAAUGAUCGCGUACUGUGGAGGACUACCACUAGCCAUCAAAGUGCUAGGAGGGUUAUUAGCUAAGAAACAUACAGUUGCUGAGUGGAAAAGAGUGCAUGACAAUAUCAAAGCACAAAUAGUUGGAAAAUCUGGCUUAGAUGACAGCAAUCCCAGUUCAGUGUACAGAGUACUUUCUCUGAGCUAUGAAGAUUUGCCUAUGAAGCUAAAGCAUUGCUUCCUUUACCUGGCUCAUUUCCCUGAAGACUACAAGAUAGAAGUGAAGACAUUGUUCAAUUACUGGUUUGCAGAAGGAAUAUACAAUGGAUCAUCAACAACCAUUCAAGAUAGUGGAGAAGGCUACCUAGAAGAGUUAAGGAGGAGAAAUAUGGUUAUUGUUGAAGAGAGCUAUUUGAGUUCGAGAAUGGAACGUUGUCAGAUGCAUGACAUGAUGAGGGAAGUAGGUUUAUCUAAAGCGAGAGAAGAGAACUUUCUUCAGUUCGUCAAAGUCCAUACUUCCACCUUCACCAUCAAUACUGAGUCUCCUAGUAGAUCUCGCAGACUCGUUGUACAUAGUGGCGAUGCGCUUGACAUGCUGGGAUGUCAUAAAAACAACCACAAAGCCAGGUCUGUUUUGGUUUUUGGAGCAGAAGAUAACUGUUGGAAGCUUUCAAGUUUUCGAAACUUACAGUUGCUCAGGGUACUAGAUCUUUCUUACGUACAGUUUAAAGGAGGAAAGCUACCUCCAAGCAUUGGAGAGCUCAUCCACUUGAGGUUCUUGAGCUUACACGAGGCUGGUGUAUCUCACCUCCCGUCUUCUCUGCGGAAUCUAAAGCUUCUGCUAUGUCUGAACCUAAAUGUUGCUGAUCUGUUACACCUUGUCCAUGUGCCAGAUGUUUUGAAAGAGAUGCAGGAACUGAGGUACCUUCUCUUACCUCGUUCAAUGCAUGACAAAACAAAGUUGGAACUAGGUGGUCUAGUGAACCUAGAGUCCUUAACAAAUUUCUCAACCAAACACAGUCGCGUGACAGACCUCUGCCGUAUGACCAAGCUCACAGCUCUCAGUGUGAACUUCAGCGGCGGUUGCACUUUCCAAACCCUCUCCUCAUCUCUUCACGAACUGAGAAACCUCGAGACGCUUAGUGUACAUGAUCGCCGUAAAACCCGUGCGGCUGAUCAUGGAGGAGGUGGUGACAUGGUUCUUGAUUUUAUUCAUCUGAAGGAUUUAACAUUGUCCAUGCACAUGCCAAAGUUUCUGGAUCAGUAUCGGUUCCCUCCACACCUUGCACACAUAUGGCUUAUAGGUUGCCGCAUGGAGGAGGAUCCAAUACCGAUUCUUGAAAAGUUGCUUCACCUGAAGUCGGUUUAUUUUUCGUCUGGUGCUUUCGUGGGGAAGAGAAUGGUGUGCUCAAGAGGUGGCUUUCCUCAGCUACGUGCUCUGAAGAUGUCUUAUCAGAAAGAAAUGGAAGAGUGGUGUGUAGAAGAAGGGUCCAUGCCAUGUCUUGGUACUUUGAGUAUAGAUAACUGCAAAAAGUUGAAGGAACUUCCUGAUGGGCUCGUGUCUAUAACAUCGUUAAAGGAACUGAAGAUAGAGCGAAUGAAGAGGGAGUGGUGGGAGAGAUUGAUACCAAGUGGACAAGAUUACUGCAAAGUCCAACAUAUACCCAGUGUUCAGUUUAUCAACUGUGACGGCCACUAAGUAGGAUAGCAGUAGUAGUCAUGUGCCAUUUCACAAAACUAAUGACAAAAAUAUAAAAAAUGAUGUUAUUAUCCCAAAGUUGAGAAAUUGCCAAAAAUACCAUUUUCAUAGUACCACUUUUCAUGUUUACACUAACCACUUUUACCACUACUUUUAAUGAAGGGUUUAGAUUUGAAGGUUUAGGAUUUAGGGUUUAGAUUUGAUGUUUUAGAGUUUAAGGUAUAUAUUU